AUGGGUUGUUCAACGCAGCUUUCUGCACCGAGUACGGUUUCCGAGUUAUAUUCUGAAAGUAGCAAAAUAAUCCAAACUUCUCCGUCUUAUGAGUUUUCCUAUGAGAAACCGGAAUUUGAAAUUUAUUUGCUUAGAACCUCUCAUCCAUUCCAAUUUUUAGAAUUGAUAGAUUUUCAGAAUUCAUUUGGUUAUGCAAAGUAUUUCUAUGAAGAAUUGCAACGAAAUGAAUUUACAUCUUUGCGCUUCGUGCGUUGUCAUAUCACGUUCUCAGUUCCUGUUCAGAUCAGGCAAUUCGUAAUCCAUGAAGAAAUCAAUCGUUACCCCAUGUGGGGAUUAACGGCAUGCGGAAACAAUUUUGAAUUCACGAAGUCAUGGAAGUUCAAGAUUAUGAGAGAUUAA